CAAAACAUCACCGAUUUCGGCGCGUAUGGCGGGGGCUUCGCGGCGCACUGUUUGGAUGGGAGAUGUUUGGGAGGUUGCAGCUGGAUUGGAGUGGUGCUGUGAAACUGUGGACAUAAAGUUGAAAAUAGGCACCAGUCUGUGAUAUGGGAUUCAAGUCAUUCCAAUGAACAUAGCAUAUCAUAUCACACUGAUUAAGUAAUGUGAAGUCAUCAAGCAGUCACUGAAGCAUCACAUUGCAGCCUGGCCCUCAAAGCUGCAAACACCAGUAGCUGAAAUGGAGAAAUUCCAGAAGAUAGAGAAGAUUGGUGAAGGGACAUAUGGUAUUGUGUACAAAGCAAGAGACAAAGAGACUGGUAAAAUAGUGGCCUUGAAAAAGAUUAGUCUGGAUGUAGACUGUGAGGGCGUCCCCAGCACUGCCAUACGAGAGAUCUCCCUGCUGAAGGAGCUCCAGCAUCCCAACAUUGUCGACUUGCUAGAUGUUGUACACAGUGACAAGAAACUGUACCUGGUAUUUGAGUAUCUGAACCACGAUCUCCGCAAGUUCAUGGAUCUCGCCAAGCCAAAAGGCAUCUCUAAGCCGCUGGUUAAGAGCCUGCUGUGGCAGAUGGUGCGCGGCAUCGCCUACUGCCACUCGCACCGAGUGCUCCACCGCGACCUGAAGCCGCAGAACUUGCUGAUCGACAGGCAGGGGCACCUGAAGCUGGCAGACUUCGGCUUGGCGCGCACGUUCGGCGUGCCGGCGCGCACGUACACGCACGAGGUGGUGACGCUGUGGUACCGCGCGCCCGAGAUCCUGCUCGGCAGCAAGGUCUACUUGGUGGCCGUCGACGUCUGGAGCAUCGGCUGUAUCUUCGCUGAAAUGCUGACGCAGCGGGCGCUGUUCCCGGGCGACUCGGAGAUCGACCAGCUGUUCCGCAUCUUCCGCACGCUCGGCACGCCUGACGACCGCGUCUGGCCGGGCAUCUCGCAGCUGCCCGACUACAAGUCGACGUUCCCUCGCUGGGAGCGCGGCUCGCUGGCGUCGGUGGUGCCCGGCGCCGCCGAGGACGAGCUGGCGCUGCUGACCGCCAUGCUCACGUACGACCCGGCGCGCCGCGUGUCGGCCAAGGCCGCCCUCUCACACUCGUACUUCAUCGACGUGCAGCAGGUGACGCCCGAGGCGGCCGCCUUCCAGACCUGAGCGCGCUGCCUGACGCCGCUGAAGCUGCUGAGGACGGCCUGAGCGCGCUGCCCGCCGCCGCUGAAGCUGCUGUCGAUCAGCCUUGGGGACGGUCACCAGUGUUACGGUCGCCUUCCAGCAUCCAGGCUUAUUUUCAGUCGCGAGGGGUUACUUCGCGUCCUUGGGGGACGGGGCGGGAGGUCACCGUCCCGUGCCGGACGGCCGUCUUCCAGCGCCAAGGCGUGGCCGUCCGCUACACCGUGUAGCAACGAGCUCCCUGUCUGCGAGCACCGACGGCUGUGCACGCGGCACCGAGCCGCGACGCUUCCCAGUACGCGACAUUUCCCGGUACGGGCGGCGUACGUACGCCCUGUUGGGGCGCCCCCCUGGGCCCGCCUCUGCAGUGGGGCGUCACCUGCGGAGGGGCGCGCGUGACGGCGGUAUCCGGCGCACGGCACCGGUCAUGGCGCCGCCCCGCCCUCGACGCCGCCUCGCAGAUGGCCGGCCGUGCCAGGUUGCCGCUCUGUUUCUGUGUCCGGGUUGUGGGGUCGUUUAUGGCAUGUGAGAAGUGCUCAAAUGCGUUUUGGCACUGGACUGUGACGGGGCCCUUUCCCCUUCCGAUUGGGCCUAAGGCUCCAGUGGCCGACGCGUGUGUUGGCUGUGCAGAAGACGGCUUAGGUCAGCUCCAUUACAAGGUUGCCGAACCGUCUGCUCUUGAAGGCUGGCUAGAAGGCAACUAGUGCCUUACUUUUUCCAGUCGCCGGGGUGGGAGCCGACGCGUCGGUGCUCAUUCCAUCGGGCCUAUGUAGUGGUUGGUGUGACCUGCGGAAACGGGGCGCAAUGACCUCUCGGGACACGGUAUGUUUGUGCUUCCAUUCCUCACCUUUCGUUAAGCCACAUUUUCGCUGCGUGUGAAGUUCAUCUCCAAUAUACU